UGCUGGAAAACAGUCUUUGGCUUUAACAAUUGCUUGGAAUUGUGCGUGGGUUCAGUUUCAACUUGUUGCCUCUCAUUUCCUCUGAGUUAGUCUAGUCCGCUCUGUAAUUUGACGCUUCUGGUGAUAAUCCUGCACUUGAGACCUCCAAGAAGUGACGAACCAUGGGGUAUGGGCAAAUCCUCCACCAGCGUGGGAAUGAGGAGGACCAGGUCCACCUCAACGUGGGAGGGGUACGACAUGAGGUGGAUCCAGACACUCUGCUCCGCUUCCCUCACACACGUCUGGCUCGUCUGCUGCACUGCCAAAGCGAGGCGGCGAUCCUGGAGCUGUGCGACGACUACAGCCCGGCUGAGAGGGAAUACUACUUUGACAGGAAUCCCAGGGUUUUCCUCUGUGUGCUCAACUUCUAUCAUACGGGACGUAUCCACAUGAUGGAGGAGCUGUGCGUCUUCUCCUUCAGCCAGGAGAUCGAGUAUUGGGGCAUCCAGGAGCUCCACUUAAGCCCCUGCUGCAGCGACUGGUUCCAUGAGAGGAAGGAGUACAUUGAAGACAGAGACUGGGACAUCAGGAGUGAAGACGGGCAGCAGCCAAGCUUUGACUCUUCCUUCGAGGAGCUGUCUGCCCUCGAUAAAGACCUGGCCAAGUUUAAAGGUGCCUGGUGUGGGGAAGUUAGGAGCUACAUUUGGCUCCGGCUAGAGGAUCCAGGUCAUUCACGGGCCUCAAAAGUCAUCGCUGUGGCUUCUCUCAGUGUGGUGUUGACCUCUAUUGUUGCCAUGUGUGUCCACAGCAUGCCUGAGUUUCAGCUUGUGGACAUCAAUGACAGACCCAUUGAUGACCCCGUCCUCACCAUCCUGGAGGAGAUCUGCAUCGCCUGCUUCUCCGCCGAGUUCAUCAUCAGGCUGAUUGUUGCGCCCUCUUGCAGGAAGUUCCUUGGAAACCCCUUAAACAUCAUCGAUGUUGCCUCCAUCUUGCCAUAUUAUGCCACUUUAGCUCUGGAGACAGCUGAUGAGGAGACUGCAGAGGAGAACGAGGACAUACAGAACGUGGGGAAAGUGGUGCAGGUUCUGCGCCUCAUGAGGGUUCUCCGAAUCCUCAAACUGGCCCGGCACUCCAUCGGGCUGCGAGCGCUGGGUGCCACCGUCCGCCACAGCUACCAUGAGGUGGGUCUGCUUCUUCUGUUCCUCUCAGUGGGGAUCUCCAUCUUUUCCGCCCUCAUCUACUUUGCCGAGAAGGAAGACAAGGACACUGAUUUGGAGACCAUCCCUUCAGGCUGGUGGUGGGCCACCAUCACCAUGACGACAGUCGGCUAUGGUGACACCUGCCCGGUGACGCUGGCGGGGAAGAUAGUGGCCACCCUGUGUAUCGUCUGUGGACUGUUAGUUGUGGCUCUGCCCAUCACCAUCAUCUUCAAUAAGUUUUCAAAGUAUUAUCAAAGAAACAAAGCCAUGGAGGAGCAGGGUAUCACUAAACCUGAGAGACAAGAUCCAGACCUCCCUUAUUACAACAUCAGAGACUUGUUCACAGACAGCGUGUAUCCCUUCAUAGGGGGUAUCGCCUUCAGGAACAGUGAGGGCAGUGGAGGAGAAGAUACAGAUGCCUCCAGUCUCCAGGACAUAGAGGUGUAUUAUAAUGACACUUGUGAAAAUGGGGCAGCAAAAUGAGAUUCUUGCCAUUUCACCGAGUGUUGCUCCCUUUAUGACUGCAAGUCACUCCGUGCCUCUCAGGGCAGAGCGCUCCAUCACUGACGCUGCCUUCCUGCACUGUCUUCCUCCUGCAAUUUGACAGAGAAAUAUCGCAGCCAUGAAGAGUUUUUUUUCUCUCUCUACAAGGGAAUAGCUUGUGAAAUAUACAGCGUCGCUAAAACCAAGAAAUCUAAAGGGAAUUAUCUGAACCUUGCUCAGAGGUUUGAAAGCCCAUUUUCUGCUUGAGAAAACUGCAAUGAUGCAUGUAGGAGGCCAUAAUGUUAAUGUUUUUCAAAGUAAUGUCCUGUAUUGAUUUGUCUGCUUGCUGAAAGUUCAGCAAAUGCAAAAGUCUAAAAUGACAACAACACUGUCGGAUUUUAAAAAAUGGUAUCAUAGAUCUCUAAAUUGACUGAUGUUACACAGUCUGCAUGAACAAAAAUAAAUGCAUUUUGAAAGUGAGUAAGAUAAAAUAGUUGUUUAGAAUUAUGCAAUAUUAUUGAUGCUGAUGAAGAGAGACACACAGAGCACUGUGGGAAGCACUCAUAUGACAGGUUAUUGUUAUUAUAUUUUUGUUUUUGGACAGUUGUGUUGGCAUGCUGGUUGACUCUUGGGGGUAACUUGUGUUGACAUGAAAUAAAAACUGACUCAGUGAAUCAGAAGAAAUAUGCCUCUCAUUUGUGACAUGGCAUACAGUAAAUUGUGCAGCUCACUCAUUCAGAUAAGGUUUCCUGUUCAGGUACAUUUAUUUACACUUAUUUAUUGUCAUAUCAGGAAAACGGUGUGCAGGAUUCCACAUCUUUGCAACACUUUUUGACAAAAAUGACUCUAAAAUCAAAAUAGAAAUCUUUAACAAUGUAUUUUCUUCAGUGGUGAAAUGCACUGAAGAUACAGAGAAAA